AAUGGCUCUACAACCUUCUACCCUUGCUUAGAUUCUGAAAAGUGUGGACUAUUACAACCAGAAGCAAAGAAGAGACACUUUCUCAGACUUGCCUGUUCUCAGAGCUUUUUCCUGUCACCAGAACACAGUAUGGAGGCCGUUGCCAAGUUUGAUUUCAAUGCUUCUGGAGAAGAUGAACUGAGUUUCCGGGCUGGUGAUAGUCUAAGGAUUUUAAGCUCCCAGGAAGAGUGGUACAAGGCUGAGCUGAGAAGUCAAGAGGGAUAUGUCCCCAAGAAUUUCAUCAAUUUUCAAAUUCCUGUCUGGUUUAAUGGGAGGAUAUCCCGCCAUGAGGCAGAGAACCUACUCAUAAACAAAGAAAUUGGCUCCUUCAUCAUCCGAGCAAGCCAGAACUCCCAGGGUGACUUCUCUAUCUCUGUCAGGCAUGAAGAUGAUGUUCAGCACUUCAAAGUGAUGAGGGAUGCAAAGAACAACUACUACUUGUGGACAGAGAAAUUCCAAUCUCUAAACAAGUUGGUGGAGUACUACAAGACCAACUCCAUCUCCAGACAGAAGCAGAUCUUCCUGCGGGACGAUAGCCGAGAAGAGAAGGAGCGGCAUGGUGGAAGCCUAGAACGGGGAGCACCAGAAGGGUUACGUCUGAGUGGAGCAGCUGCAGAUGUCCGAGCAUCAAUGUCUAAGAGAUAUUUAGAUCACUCCUCACUCAUGAUGCAGCAGCAGCAGCAGCAGCAGCAGCAGCAACAGGAGAGGUAUGGAGGGAGCCUGGAUAGGAAGGAUGCCCUAAGAGACCAUGGGCAAGUAAGUGCACCAUCCGUGCACCGCAGACAUACAGAUCCACUGCAGCAGCAACCCCAGCAAACGCUGUGGGUCCGUGCCCUGUAUGAUUUUGAGGCAAUGGAGUAUGAUGAACUUGGCUUCCGCAGUGGAGACAUUGUAGAAGUCCUGGACAGCUCCAACCCCUCUUGGUGGAAAGGUCGUCUGCGUGGUGAACUUGGACUCUUCCCUGCCAACUAUGUUGCACCAAUCACCCGAUGAAUUCAGUACACACAGGGAUGUAUGGUGAUGGAGCUGCUCUAAAGUAACAGAGACAGAGAGCAUCUCCCAGGCACCUGGAACAUAGAGCAUUUGUAUUAUAAUCGUAAUUUAUUGGCAAUUGAACCUUUAAAUAGUUUAUAUUAAAGGGUCCUGUGGAAAAGGGUGGGGUUUUUCCCUCAUUUUACAUCCUGGUGUGGGAUGCAGCAAGAACACCAGAUUGUCCAUAAGGUCUCACUAUGUCCUCCCUACAUCUCUUUGGAUAAAUAUUGAUAAGUUAGGUAGGCCAUGCUAUAAUUAGCUCUGUCAUCCAGGAAUCCACUUCUAAACAAGGCAGGCUUCAGUUUGUAGGAAACUUCACUUCCACCUUUUGAAACCUGUCACAUGCAUGAGUCCCUCUGGGCUCAACUCUCUUUUAUUACCCCUUUUCUUCAAGGCAAAUACAGCAAUGGGGAGAGCACCAUGGCUUAGUCAGGUGGUAGUAACUGUCUGUGGGUAUACUUGAGGAAGGGAGAUAAAGUAAAGGGAUCUUGAACUCUGACAGGGAAUUCAGGGAAAACCUGGCUUUUCAAAGAAGAUACCUUCUGAGUUAUCCUUCUUGUGUUCUCCUAAGGCAUCCCAUGAUGGGGACACAGCAUGAGAUGGGAUGGGGCCACAUGAACUGCUAUACAGAGAAGUUCAUCUAUGGAACCAAUAUGUGGGAAAAAGAGGAGCUUUGCUGCUUCUAACAGACCUGCCCAUACUGUAUAACAAUUUGUCCAUUUCCUAGCUGCCUUCCACAGAAACCCUGCACUUUCUCUUGAGCAUGCUGGUAAGCAGGCCUGGCUUUUCAGCCAAGCCAAUAUUCAGCAGCUGAGAGAAAAGUAGAUAUUGCUGGUUGUUUUGUUUUGUUGGACUGUAUCUUUUUUUACUGGUUUAUUGCUCCCCAAAAUUCUUUCUAUAUAUUUUAGGGAAUCUGGCAUCCCUGUGCUUAUAAAUAUGAGUUCCUGGUGUCAUAUACUGUCCCCCUGGAUGUGUUUAUGUAAAUCCAUACGUGUGCUCAGGCACAUGCCAUCCUAUAAGAUUAUUCAGCAGUGUGGGGAAUGACAGAAGGCCAAAAAAGAGAAAAAAAAACAAAACCAGGCAUACGGCAAACGUAUAGGAUUGGGUGUCACCAUCACAGUUUUCACACAGCUGAUUUGCUGUGCCUUUUAUGGCCUCUGGUUUCCAUGUGUCUAGUCCAAUCGUUCUCAACCUUUUUAGGGUCAAGGGCCCCCUUGAAAAAUGCCAGCUCUUAAUUUUCAUGUGUUAUUUUACUACAAAAAAAUAGUAGAGCAAUUCUUCUUUUGUUGCAAAGAACUCAGAAAGUCUACAACAGAUUAUAAUGUUUUUGAUACGGAUGAUUCACAUUUGAAAUCUAUUUGCACAUGUAACAAUGCUAACAUUGUGUGGUACCCUGCAGCACCCCUAAAAGGUUCUUAAGGCACCCUGGGAUGCUGAGGCACGUUGGUUGAGAAUCACCUGUCUGGUGUCUUUCCCACCUCUCCUCAGUAUCUCUUGUUAAAAAUUCUACUGUAUGCUCAAUGCCAAAAGCAAUCUCCUGCUAGUACUGUCAUAUUUUGGUCCAUUAGAGAUGCUAUACUUGAGAUAGGGUUACUAGUUUACUUGUGAAAAUGCAGUGAAUAAUGUUUGAUCCAUGGAACAGGCUCCUCUAUAUAUCUGGGUUUUUUAGGCAAAAUGAGAUAAAUGCACAGCACAGUAGCAACAAGACUGAGAUUUUAAAAGGGGGGAAGUGAAUAAAUGACACCGCAAUGCAAAUAAAUAGUAAAUGCACAUUAAUAUUUGUUAAAACCCUAAGACAGAAACAUCUUGAUCACUGCUGCUCAUCCAAGUUGAAAUUCAACAAAAUGCCACAAUAAAUAAUACUGUACCUUAUCUGGGACCUGAGUCAGUAAGGAAAUUCUGAUUUGUAGGUCUUUGGAAAGAAGGAAAAUACAACAUACAUGAAAACCAAACCAGAUGCAUCAAAAACAUUGUUUCUGCCCUUUAGUAGUCCCAAUUGAAAAAAAACACUAAAACCUUCAUGUCAGAGUCUAGCCCAGUGAAGAUGACAUUGUUCCACUGUCACAAGAUGUGCAACAUUUGCUUUCAUUGAGCAGGGAGCAGCUUUUGUUGAGUGCUGAAGGGAACUGGAAGAAAAGCAGACUACUGAUAAAUAAAGUAGAUUUAAAAAAAAAAAAGCUUUACAUAUAAAGCUGGUCAUUGGUUAUAGACGCAAAACUAUACAUUCAGUUGAAUGUGGCAUUAGAGAGACAAUUUAGCUGUGGUAGAAGUGGGUUUAUUCCUGUUUAUUCUGAGUGCACAUGUGAUUGAUUAUAUACAGGCUAGAUUUGGGCCUGUUCCAACACCCCUGUGUUCACAAGUGUCUUGUUCUUUGAGUAGUCCCAGCAAAAUCAAUGGAUUGGCAUUAGAAUCUUGUUCUAAGUGAUUCCACAGCUUCAAGGGGAACUUUUUAAAGACUAGGUCAAGACUUGGAAGACGGGAAAUUUAGAUCAAGGGAAAAAGAAGAACAAGGCAGAGGAAGAUAUAAGAGGAAAAAAAAUCAAAGACCAGCAGAAGUACAGAAGCAAUAUUAAUGUUGACUAUUUGAGACUUGGAGCUGACCGAA